AUGCAGGGGAAACGCAGCGCGCAACGCGUGCAGAACGCCCGUCUACCCAACACGCUAUUGCUAGCGGUAUUUUUGCUGCCGCGCUUCAGCGCGUGCACUGCUAUAGCCGUAGAUACGGCGGACGGUGGCAGCAAUAAGCUACAAUUCGAGCAACCAGCUCAGCCGCUGCAGGAUCACACGCAGACGCAUUUUUUGCCAAAUCGCACGGGAAUUGUGCAACUCUUCGAAUGGAAGUUCGCCGAUAUAGCGACGGAGUGUGUACAGUUUUUGGGGCCGCAGGGUUACGCGGGUGUACAGGUCUCGCCCGUCGCGGAGCAUUUGGUGGUGCGCUCGGAGUCCAUGCAGCAACCGUGGUGGGAACGCUAUCAACCGCUCUCAUUUCAAAUAGUGUCGCGCUCUGGCGGUGAGGCCAAGUUUGAGCAAAUGUCACAAGCUUGUAAUGCCGCCGGUGUGCGCGUCUAUGUCGAUGUGGUGCUCAAUCAUAUGGCAGGCGCUUAUAAUCAGGCGACAGCUAGCGGUCAGCAGUUGCUUGAGGGUUACGCCGGUUCGACUGCCAAUGCCAGCUCAUAUGAGUUUACUGCGUUGCCGUUCACUAGCCGUCACUUUCAUAAACCAUGUACGUUGACAAAUUACAUGGAUGCUCAUGUGGUGCGGAAUUGCGAGCUGCAUGGUUGGCCCGAUUUGAAUCAUUAUCGUCUGGAUGUGCGCGCUAAUUUGACGGAGUUUCUGAAUCGAUUGGUGGACUUAGGUGUAGCCGGGUUUCGUGUGGAUUCGGCGAAAUAUAUUUGGCCGAUUGAUAUUAAGCUCCUCUUCCAGGGCGUCAAAAAUCUGAAUAGCGAGGCUUUUGAUUUUCCCGAAAACGCCCGACCAUUUGUUUACCAAGAUGUCGUAGACUUAGGAGUCGACUCCGUAUCAAAAACGGAGUACUCCAGCUAUGGCAUGGUCACUGACUAUUUGUAUGCCGCCGUUUUGGCUAACAUUAUUAAUGGCAGGGCGCCGUUAAGCACACUAAUAAAUUGGGGCCCUGCAAUGGGGUUCCUGCCACAUCAGCAGGCGCUCGUCUUCGUUGACAGUCAUGAUGGACAGCGAGACCGUAACCUUUUGGGCGCUAAUCAGCUGAUCUCCUACAAACAACCAAGGAAAUACAUCAUAGCAACCGCAUUCAUGUUGGCACAUCCAUAUGGUCGGGUUAAACGGAUUAUGAGCUCGUAUUACUUUGCUGCGCAGCACCCUGAGCAAGGACCGCCAUUCGAGGAAGGUAAGGAGCAAGAGGCGGAUGCUGAAGCAGAUGCCAGUGUGGCAGCAGAAGGUGGUGACGCAGCGGAAGGUGGUGAGGCAGCAGAAGGUAGUGAGGCAGCAGAGGGUAGCGAGAAUGCAGAGGGUAAUGAGGCUGCGGAAGAAAAUGUAGAACCAGCGGAAGGUGACGAACAGGCAGUUGAGGGUGGUGACGAUGCUACAAGUAUUGCAGCGACCUCAUCACACAUACGCUCACCGACUUUUGAUGCUUCAAGUGGACGUUGUGAGUAUGCCUCUGGUUGGGUGUGUGAACAUCGUUGGCCGCCCAUCGCACAAAUGAUACAGUUGGUGAAUACGCUUAGCGAAGUGGAGGAUGGCGUCAUGAAUUUUCAAACGGGCGGUCCGAAUCACAUAGCCUUCUGUCGUGGCAACAAAGCAUUCUUUGUUUUUAAUAGCGAUCUUCAGUUGGCUUAUGAUGCCGAUGUUGAGACUUGUCUACCGAGUGGUACGUAUUGUGAUGUGAUUAGUGGUGGACGUGCGGAGAAUGGUGCAUCUAGAAUGGAUUGUACAGGCAAGCGUGUUACAGUCGGAGCGGAGGGUAGAGCGCAUAUUAUGGUGCCAGCUGUGUUGGGCAUUGAUGAAGAGGGCGCUGCGGUCGGAAGUGAUUAUGAUGAAACGGAUGUGGAAGCGAAUGAUGCCUACGUAAUCGCAGCUGGUACGGAAGGCGAAUUUGGUGUGAUGGCCAUAUGUGUAGGAUCGAGAUUAGAUAACGAAGCGCAGACAGACGGCGGUAAAACAUCGCUGGGUGGAGAUGAAGACGAAACUGUAACAGAAAUAGUAACAGAAGAUGAUGAAGAGGACUCGGUUGACGCAGAGAGUGUGACGGAAACAGUGGAUGUGACUAAAGAGGUUGUAUCUGCUGAAGAACAGGAGGAUGCGGUGGUAGAGAGGAAGAACGCUAAGCUUGAGGAAGUCGCAACCAAUGCUAGCGUUGAAAAUGAGAAUGCAGAAGCGGAGACACCAGCUGUAGAUACCGCUGCAGCCGAUCAAGUAGCUGAGGAACAAGUUAGCGAAGAGGGGAAAGAUGAGCAGCCAGCAGUUGACGAAGAAGAGCCAGCUGUAGACGGAGACCAAGAGAAGAUGGACGAAACUGAGGGACAAGUUAGCGAAGACGGAGAAGAUGAGCAGCCGCGAGUUGACGACGAAGAGCCAGCUCUAGACGAAGACCAAGAGAAGAUGGACGAAGCAGCGACAGAGCCAACUGGGGAAAUAGAAGUAGCAGUUGAGGAUGAGACCGCAGCAACAGAGGCGAUUAACAAUUCUUCUUUCAGUGAAGACGCAAGUAAUGAUGAUACAGUCACAGCUGCUGAUACAGCUGCAACAGAAGCGAAUGGAGACCAAUUUGCUCGUAAUGUAACUGGAAUGCGAGUUGGCUUAGUAAAUAUAGAGAAAGUCGUUAAGGAGCUCGAAAACAAUGCGGGCGACGAUAAUGGAUCAGGAAUAGCGACAGCAGUUAAGGACAUGGCCAAUAGCGUUGCAGAGAAAACAAAGGAGGUCAUUGCCAAGGCCGGCUUCACCAACAAUAGGGGCACACGCAGCGCACAAAGCGAACAAUUUUGCAGUUUACUGAUACUAAUCAGCAACAUUUUAAUAAAUUUGUAGAGCACUCAGAGCAAGCGAUAU